GCAGCUGGAAUAGUGAAAGAGGGAUUUAAAGGGCGACACUUCCUCCUCCUUGAAUAGUUGAGUCGAGAGUUGGAUGUGUAAAGGAGCUUCCCGCCGUCAUGAAGAUAAGAGCGAUAAGGAGCAGCUGGGUGUGUUUGGCGUGGGUGGCGGUGCUCGUGGGCGUGGUGGCAGCGGCGCCCUCGGAGUCAGAGAGCCUAGGGAGCGAGCAAGGGGCGCUAGAUGAUGGCUAUAUUCGUGUGCCAGGAACUGAUCGAGAUGGAAAGUUUGUCGUGUUCUUGUGGAGGAUCCCGCAGGACCCUUGCACCUCAGAUGACUCCACGCUGACGGAGGGAACCUGUUUGCCUUACAAGGACUGCAAGUUCAACAGUGGCACGACCUCAGGAUACUGUUCCAAGGGCUUCGCGGCUUGCUGUCUGCUCACGCGUACUUGCGGGGAAACGACGAGCUACAACAACACCUACUUUGUCAACCCGGGAUACACAGGCACCGACACAGGGACAGGCACGUGCACCCUCACCGUCAACCGAGUCAACAGUAACAUCUGCCAGCUGCGCCUCGACUUCAUUAACUUCGAACUGGAGCAGCCAAACGAGGACGGAGUGUGCGUGACUGACUACCUGAGUGUCUCCGGUGCCUCCUCUACCGUGCCUCAGAUCUGUGGCUCCAACUCAGGCCAGCACAUGUAUAUCGACGUGGAACCGAACAGUGGCCCGGUGCAGCUGACAGUGGAGCGCUCUACCGCCUCCACAGUGGACCGGGAGUGGAACAUCAAGGUGGCGCAGAUCCCAUGUGACUCCGAGUACAGAGCUCCGUCCGGGUGCCUCCAGUACUACACAGAGAGCACAGGCACCGUCAGUAGUUUUAAUUUCGAGAAUGCAGAGCCAGUGCCAGAAUCAGGGACGCGCCAGAUCUCUAACACGGACUACAGCGUGUGUAUAGACAUGGUCGACGGCGCCUGUGGUAUAGAGUGGACCCGCAACACCACUGGAGGCAACUACGGGUUCUCUGUCACGGAUAAUGCUGAUACUAUUGUUAUACCGCCUAAUAUUGUGGGCACCCCCGAUGCGUCCUCCACGGGGACUGACUGCACCACCGACUACGUUCUCAUCCCCGGUGGCGUGACGGACCAGGGGGUGCAAAAUGACAGGUUCUGCGGUCUCGGCUUCCCCAACAGCGUCACCUCGACCACCAAGCCUUUCAUUCUCAACGUCAAGACGGACGCUGACGAGGACGGACUGAAUGACUUCGGGAACAGAGGCUUCAAUUUAAACUAUCGCCAACUGACAAGCUGUAAGGGCGCUCACAUGGGCGGCAGUUGGUGCGGGCUGGUGGCGUGGGUGGUGGUGGUGGUGGUAGUGGGUGGAGCGGCGGCCAUGAGUGUCAUCAAUGAGGAUGAAGAAAUAAGCGUCAUCAAUGAAGAGGAGGGACGGGAAUUGAGAGAAAAGAUUGAUGGAGAGAAUGUCAAAUUACAGAGGGAAAGUGAGCGGGAGGACAGAGUGUUCCUCAUCUUCGCCAAGGUGCAGCCCGUCCAGUGCUCCACCAACGACACGCAAUUCCCCAUCGGGACUUGCCUCACUUCGCACGACUGCAAUGCAAAGGGCGGAGUGCGAUCAUCCUCCUGUGCCAGCGGUCUUGGCGUUUGCUGCAUCAUUAAAAGGACAUGCAACAGCGAAACGACGAUGAACAACACUUACUUCACGGAGCCGACCUCAGGCACCAGUACUCAGAGCUGCACCCUCAACAUCAACAGAAUCAACUCUAAUAUCUGCCAGCUCAGGCUGGACUUCGAUACGCUGACACUUGCGCAGCCAAAUAGGAACGGGCAAUGUGACAAGGAUAAAUUCUCAGUCUCUGGUGGGAUGUCCAACGUGCCUCAGAUCUGCGGUACCGCCACGGGUCAGCACAUGUAUUACGAUCUGGAUCCCAACGGCGGCGCAGUGAAGUUGCUCAUUGACCGCUCCGUUAUCAACUCGUCCCCAUCUCCCUGGAGGAUCAGAGUGGCGCAGAUCCCCUGUGACUCCAAGUAUAGAGCUCCUGUUGGCUGCCUCCAGUACUAUACAGAAACUAAUGACCUCGUCACCAGCUUCAACUUCGAUCCGAUUUUAGUAAACAGCGAUGAAACAAGACAACUUGCUAAUAUGGAUUACGGCGUGUGUAUUCGUCGUGCUGACGGUUAUUGCGGCAUUACCUGGAAAGUUGGGACUGCUGCGGGCGGGGAUACCAAAUACGCCUUCACCGUCACUGAAAAUACUGACGUGGUUGACGAUACAGUUAUAGGAACGAGCCACGCCUCCUCGAAGGGUGACCAGUGCACUACUGACUACGUGGUGAUUCCUGGUGGUUUGUUCCAGAAUGAGGAGACAGACAACUCAAAACAACAUGCAGAUCGAUACUGUGGGCUCGGCUUCCCUUACUCCGUCACCACUGCGCAGCCCUUCGUCCUCCACGUGAAAACAGACGGGGAUGAGGAAAUGGAUAAGGGUAACCUCGGCUUCAGUCUUCAUUAUCAGCAACAAACAUUCUGCUAGACCCGCCGCCGCCACCUGCACAGCCUGUCAGGUGACUUGACGUAUCCUGACGCGACCUGACGUGACUUGGUGACUGGCAGGAUGGUCACGUGACACAUCACUUCCAGAGUCGUCUAUGACCUGUACACACUUUAAUUUAUUCACGCUGAUCCUUUCCCGUCCGUGUCACGUGACUGGAAUGCGGCGACGUGGUGGGAUUGGCCAUUUUGUUAUAUAUGUGUUGUUACGUUGUUGUUUAUAAAUUCAAUAAAAUGUUGUCAUAUU